AAUCAGAGCGUUGCUUUAGUUCUCUUGCGUCAUUUCGUCUGUUUCGAUUGGUCCUUUAUCCUCGACGCAUUGACGCGCCGUAUUCGAUGUGAUACCUGACUUAAUGACACUGUAGCUUGACCAGAGUUGGGAAUUCCGCUAUUCCGCCGGCUUUUGACAUAAAUUACAAUCAAGUGGUUUACCUUAGUACCUUAAAAAAUCGUAGAAAACCAGUAAAUUACGUUUCCCAUAUGAAGGAUGUCGUAGAUUCACGAUAUACGGCAUCUGCUAGGUUAUAAACAUCUUUUAGCACCUACGACAUGGUGCACUUUGGUCAUGCCAAUUCUCUACGCCAGGCGAAAGCACUGGGGAAUUACCUGGUCGUCGGAGUCCACACCGACGAGGAGAUCACUAAACAUAAGGGCCCUCCUGUUUUCACAGAAGAGGAAAGGUACAAAAUGGUACGAGGAAUCAAGUGGGUGGACGAAGUGGUCGAAGGAGCUCCCUACGUAACCACGCUCGAAACUCUUGAUAAAUACAACUGCGAUUUCUGCGUACACGGAGACGAUAUCACUAUGACAGCUGAUGGGGUUGACACGUAUCAUCUGGUCAAGGCUGCCGAACGAUACAAAGAAGUGCAGAGGACAGCAGGAGUCUCAACGACUGAUUUAGUGGGCCGAAUGUUGUUAAUGACUCGGCAGCAUUUCAAGCAAGGAGACAGCGAGUACACUGUGGACCAAGAGCCAAGUAAGAGGAUGGGUCAAGACAGAUCGGCUCGCUGUCCUUGGACUGGAUGCUCUCAAUUUCUCCCUACUACGCAGAAGAUCAUUCAGUUUAGCGACGGCAAGAGUCCACAGCCACAGGACAGGAUUGUUUACGUGGCCGGGGCGUUCGAUCUGUUUCACGUGGGUCACUUGGACUUCCUCGAGGUGGCCAAGAGAGAAGGGGACUACCUCAUCGUUGGCCUACACACUGACCCAGCAGUCAAUCGGUACAAAUGUGGGAAUCAUCCAAUUAUGAAUCUACACGAAAGAGUGCUCAGCGUGUUAGCGUGCAAGUAUGUGAACGAGGUUGUCAUUGGAGCUCCCUACGAAGUAACAAAAGACCUGAUGGAGCACUUUAAUGUCUCCAUUGUGUGCCAUGGACAGACACCAAUAAUGCCUUGUGAGGACGGAGCAGAUCCUUAUGCCGAACCAAAGAGACAAAAUAAAUUCAAGCUUUUAGACAGCGGUAAUGACAUGACCACCGAGAAAAUCGUCCAGAGGAUUAUUCUGCACAGGUUGGAAUUCGAGAACAGGAACUUGAAGAAAGAGAGGAAAGAGCUCGCAGUUUACGAGGCCUUCGUCAAUGAAAAAAAAACCAAAGACUCCGAAUAGCCUCGACCACGGGAAUCGAAAAUCGAGACACAGGAUACAUAUAUCGAUAUAAUAUACAUUAUAUACGUGUUUAUACGUAUAUAAUGUACAUUAUAUAAAUUCCUAUCCGCCGAAUGGCCUCUCUUCGCCUGAAGUUCCGGAAGGGAACAGCUCUCACACACGUUAUUCGUUUUGAAGGGUCACUUCUUUCUUUCGCUCCCUCUCCUCUCUCUUUAGACACUCGACGAUCGAUAUCUAGAGAGAGUUUUCGCUCACCCUAAGGAUCCUGAAUUCUCUAUUUACGGAGAGGGAGGAAACGAAAGAAAUGAAGCCAGAGUAAAUCGAAAGGGAGGUUUGCAAUCAAUUGACAAAUAUCGAUUGAUAAAUCUGAUUUAUCGAGGCCUUGCCAAGGAACCCGAAGAGGUCUUGGUCCAUGAGAAGAGGUUAGGAAAUCUGUCAUUAGUCUUUGAGAAAUUCAAAGGACCCUGGGUUUUUAAAUAUCUUAAAUGUAAGUUAUCGAGGCCUCCCUAAUUUUCUGCCUUAUCGUGUAGGACUCCGUACUUUGUAUUUAUUUUAAGAGCUCUUUUAUUUAUCUCUCUUGUUUGCCUUCCCUCCUUUUACUGUCUUUUUAGAGUCUUUAUCUGUAUGUUUGUUAGCCCUCUCCUGAGUUACGGUCGUGACAAAUUUUUACCUGGAAUCUAGGAGAACAGGGAGGUCCAGGGGAGGAGACGAAAUCAAGAGACGAUAUUAGAGAAGCGAUUGAGGUUAAUUUAAUUAAUCAAAAGCAUCGCAGUGUAUAUGCAAUGUAUGAAGUGUAAAUUGAGAAAGGAUCGCAUUGGCAUCGUCCCAUGUGCAUUCUGGAGAUUUAGAAAAAGAAAAACAGAUAUAUAGAAAACGAGGGGAAGUUAAAAUUAAAUUUUCAAAGACGAAGGAGAGACCCGGAAGGGCUCUCUGCGAUUUUGUAUUCAGCCCUGAGAAUACCAAAGAUACUUAAGCAUCUGGAUGUGAGAGAAAUCUGUGAACGGUUCUUCUAUGUUACCUGAAAACAAGAAAAAAAAAAAAAAAGAAAAAAUAUCAAUAUUUUUCUCUUGAUUUGUGGAUGCGAUUGUAUACAUACUUGUAAACAACGAGGAUUAUAAGUUUGUAUGAUCUUAAGGGGAACUCUUAAUCGGUUUUUAUUGUUCAAUAAAAAUGUUUCACGCGA